UCGCCAGCUUAGAAUAAUAUUAUUAAAACACGCGAACGACUCCGGGUUUUAAGAGUACGUUAUGUGGAAACUCCAUAGAAAAGGUGGAGAUCGACUCUGGAAGGAGUAAAAACUUUGUUUCUUUGACGUUUUAUGGGAUUGCCGUGCGCGAUACGUGAUUUCUGAGCCGGACUAAAACUGUUUUUUUUUUCCCCUUUUUUUCACACCAAGGCUGGAUUUUAUCGUUCUAAUUUUGAGACACUUUUGUGCUGCUGCUGCUGCGCAGGACCUACAGGAUUCGGGCUUUUGAUGUCUUAGUCUAAGAGCAGAGAUAGUGGAGAGUAUCAUCACUUGUUCCGAUUUAACUAGCGAUCAUCAUCAUGUCCAUGCUUCCGACGUUUGGUUUCACGCAGGAGCAAGUUGCGUGUGUGUGCGAGGUGCUCCAGCAAGGAGGGAACAUCGAGCGCCUGGGCCGCUUCCUCUGGUCGCUGCCCGCCUGCGAACACCUCCACAAGAACGAGAGUGUGCUCAAAGCCAAGGCCGUGGUGGCCUUCCACCGGGGCAACUUCAGAGAACUGUACAAAAUCCUGGAGAGCCACCAGUUCUCCCCGCACAACCACCCGAAGCUGCAGCAGCUGUGGCUCAAGGCGCACUACAUCGAGGCGGAGAAGCUGCGGGGUCGCCCCCUCGGGGCCGUGGGCAAGUACCGCGUCCGCAGAAAGUUCCCCCUGCCGCGCUCCAUCUGGGACGGAGAGGAGACGAGCUACUGCUUCAAGGAGAAGAGCCGGAGCGUCCUGAGGGAGUGGUACACCCACAAUCCGUACCCGUCCCCGCGGGAGAAGAGGGAGCUGGCCGAGGCCACGGGACUGACCACCACCCAGGUCAGCAACUGGUUCAAAAACAGGCGGCAGAGGGACCGGGCGGCCGAAGCCAAAGAAAGGGAGAACAGCGAGAACUCCAACACGAACAGCCACAACCCGCUGACUUCCUCCAUCAAUGGGAAUAAAACGAUCUUGGGGAGCUCGGACGACGACAAAACGCCGUCGGGGACCCCGGACCACAGCUCGUCGAGCCCGGCUUUGUUGCUGACCUCGAGCUCGGGGCUGCCGCCGCUGCACGGCCUCGCGCCGCCGCCGCCGCCGGGCCCGAGCGCCAUCCCGGUGCCCGUGUCGGUGCCCGUGCCCAGCGCGGACCCCGUGCACCACCACCACUCCUUACACGACACCAUACUGAACCCUAUGUCGUCCAACCUGGUCGAUCUGGGCUCUUAAGCACAGUGACUUAUUCUGAUUUUUUUUUUUUUUUUAAUUUUAUUUUUUAUUUUUAAAGACAUUUAAUGAGAAACUUCAGACACUUUGAAGUGAUGUAAAAAAGCGAAGUCAAGGAGAGAAUCUAGAGGACAUGAUGUGUGCGACACACGGGGAGAGAGAGGUGAGAUGGCGAGAAGCCGGCAUGGUAGGAGGUGAAAAGAUAUUUUCUUAGAAUGUAACAACGGGUUGUGUCGCGCGAAAGAUAAAACGUCUUAAUUCUUAUUAUCAUCGUAAUUAUUAUUUUAGAGGACAGACUUACAACAGAUCCGUGUACACCGAAUCCUGUGUAUACCCCCCAAAAUCCUCUUCAUCUGUUUGCAGAAAGGCCGCAUUCAUUUUUAUUUCUAACGGGGUGUCAUAAUGGAGAUGGAGAUGUUGUUAUAAUAGCAGCAGUCUGAAACAAAAAAAGAUUAUAAUGUCUUCUUUUCAUUUGUAUUUUAUUUUGGAGAGCGACUGCAUGUAAACUUGCGAAUAAUAAAAUAUGAAAAAAAAAAUCGAUACCAACAUAGUUUCAUAUACCCUUUACAAUAAAAUUAAACAUUGAAUCUAUAAAAAGGGAGCGUGUUUCAUUUAUCUUGUACGACUUCGGCGCAGUUCUGCUCUGUCAUCAUAAAGUUUUUCUCGAAAAGGACUUUAGUCGUUCUGUUUGUAAAGCGCUCGAUUGCUCUGAAGUUGUAUGAAAUCACGUUCGCUCUGCUGCAGAGACAAAAAUUAUAUCUCAUUCUCACUGAACUGUGCGCAGAACUAUGCAUUCGUAUCCAAAAAGAGCCAUGUAUAAUCAGAACAGCAUGAGGAGCUAGCAGGUAGUGUGGUGUUUAGGGCUGUUUCGUUGCAGCUGAAAGGUCUAUGGUUCGAAUCCCAAACCGAUGUAGAAGCCUUGAUCGAGGAACUUACCCAAAAUAGAUACAGUAACAAAAUUCAGCCGUGUAAAAUGGAUAAAUCAUGGGAAAGCUGAUUGUUUAAAUCGCCAUGGACAAAGGAGUCAACUAAAUAAAGGUUAGUAGUAACAAACUUGCAAGAAAAUGAAUAUGAUCACACAAAAAAAAAAAAAAAAAAA